AAACUAACCAAAAUCAGAUAAGUUUUUAGAAGAAAGGCAAACUUUGUGCAGGAAUGAGGACUGGGUACUUGGUUUGUUUGUCUUUGGGAAUUUGCCUUCUACUUCAAGUUCAACCUGCUCUUGCCAAAGAAAAUAAGACAGACCCAACAGACAAUGUAAAUCUAAGCCCAUUCUGGGCUUGGAGAAGUGCUUAUUUCUGCUUGCAGAAACCAGCCCCUGGUAAUUGCAAAGCAUUGGUGACGGUUUCGCUGACAGAUAAAGGACUACUGGACGUGAUCCCAAGUAAGAUACAAGAUUACUGCACAACCUCUGGGUGUGCACAACACGUCUUGGAUGUGCUUAAGUGCAUCCACCUUUGCAAAAGAGACUUCUGGUUUGCCAACAACGCCACUGUUGCAGUUCUCAAUCAAACGAUUCAUGAUGGAUGCUCCAACAGAACUCAAAGUAUUUCGACACUAGGUUGGAAAAAGAGCAGUGGGAUGAAGGUGCAGCAGAAGAUGUAUAUACCAUUUGUAGCUUCACUAUCAACCUUGGCCUUCAUAGCUAUCUUCAACAUGUGAAACCUUUUGCUCCUGCUGUGUGCAAGUGUGAUACUCAGGACAAUAUAUAUCCAGUGUCUUUUUAUGGGGUUAGGCUUACCCAUCUAUGAUGCUAUAUGUUAAAAUUAUCAAUAAAAGAUUAACGGUUUCAUUACACUGCAAGCAGAUUGAUCAUACUCUU